CAUUUAGGUUUUAGGCUCCACAUUUGCUAUUAACUGCAUUUUAUCUAUAAAUAGCAACAUGGUUUCUACAAGAUCAACUCCUACAAAAGAGAAGAAGGAUUUUGUUGUUCCUGUAAAAAUGAAGCGGAAAUUAGUAAAAAAAGCUGAAAAAGAUGUUGAAGGAAGUGGUGUUGCUUCUGCCUCUGAGAAUGUCAAAGUAAAGGGAAAAAAGGUGGAUGAAACUGGUUUGAAAAAAAGGCGUUUGACUUUUGAUGCUGUACCUGAUCAUCAGAAAGUUCAGAAAUCCUUGCAUAUUGAAGAACCAACUCGUUUGGUUCAGAACUGGGACUACUUGUUAGAUGCGGAAGAUCGUUACACUUGUAGAGUGACUAUGCCUUUAAAUUUCAAAUAUAUUGAGGACAUCAAGAAAACUCUUUCUGAUACUCAGCUGGAACUUUUCAAGAAGACAUUUCUUGGUCAUUUUUUAGACUUGUCGCCGUUGUGUAAUCAGCCUCAGCUUAUACAUUCUUUGUUGCUGCGAGAAGUGAAGCAUCCAAAUAAUAGGGAAUUGUGGUUUAAAGUUUCUGGACAUAAACUGCGGUUUAGUAUUGAUGAAUUUGCUGUGAUUACGGGGUUAAAUUGUGUUGGUGAUUUCAAUCCUGUUUCUUAUGCUCCAUUACAGAAUCAGUUGAUUGAUACCUAUUUCCCAAAUAGUGAAGUUACUCGAGAUGGAUUGGGUGUCAUAUUUCUGAACAAGGUUUUCAAGUCGGAUGACGAUGCGGUUAAAUUGGCCGUAAUUUACUUGUUUGAGUGCUAUUUGUGCUCAAAUGAGAUUAAAUUUCAAAAUGUAAGUCGCUUUUUUAUGGAUAUGGUUGAUAGUGGGGACUAUAACUCAUAUCCUUGGGGGAUAAUGGUUUUUCGAUCUACCAUUGCUGAUAUGAAGAAGAGGUUUGCUACAAGAAGACGAAUCAAGUUUUAUAGGCUUAACAGUUUCCCUUUGGCUUUGCAAAUCUGGUUCUAUGAAGUCUGCCCUUUUGCUACUAAUAAGAUAUGUUUUCCUGUUACUAAACCAAUGUCAGUUCCUUGA